AGAUUUUCAAUAUUCAGAAUAUUCAAAAUCUGUCUUCUCUACUUGAUGUUUGACUAAACCAGUUUCCUGAAUGCGGGUCUUAUGCAGAAACCCUCUGGGAAAGAUCCCGCACUGUACCGGAAGCACAGAACCGGUUCCGUAAGGUUCUUCUACGUGGUCUUUAACUUCCACAUCCGGCUGUAUAAAGGUCUAGUGAAUACCCUGAUUCAACUGAAAGCGGGGAUACAGGAGCAGAUCAUCAACCACACCUUCCUUCUCACCUAUCAGUACAUGAUCAGCUUCAUGAUGCCGUUAGAAUACAUGAAGGAUAUCAUGGAGAACUUUCAGGCGUUCUGUAAUCAGACCAGCCUACACGGUUGGCAGUACAUUACACAGAAACCAGAAACUGAUGGCUUCUGGUCAGGAUUUAAACACGUGUUCUGGUCGAUUAUUGUCUGUGUUGCUAUGGGAUGUGCUGCACUGUUCCUUUAUACAAAUACUAUAGACUUUAUGAACGCUACAGUAGUCACCACAGUGGACACUAUGACAGUUCCUCUUUCUGAGGUUUUCUUCCCCUCCGUUCUAGUGUGUAAUAUAAACCAGGUUCGAAAAUCUUUUUUCUCCGAACUAGGGAUAUACGACAAUGAAACCUUUAUUCGACAAGUUUAUUAUGAUUUCAUUCUUGGAAAAGCAAACCAGUCAUACGAACCAGAAAACCAUCAGGCAUCUGCCAGGAAACGGCAAGUGCAUGAACAGAUAAUGAAAGAAUAUCUUGCCAAACACAACGAGACUCUGGAUACAAAGCUCUCAAUAACUUGGUUUACUCAUCAGAAGUGCAAGGAUAUGCAUAUUCUUUCAAAAUGGAACGGAACUAAAACUUACAGUUUUGAGAUAGAACGAGAUUUUGGAACUGAUUACGGUAUUUGUUGUUGGUACACCCCGCAGCUUAACUUCUCACAUAUAUUAGAAAAGACUCAUGAAUCUGGCCACGAGGAACCGGACUGGGGACACUGGUUUAUGAACGUUCCAAAGGGUGCGAAGACAGGGAAGGAUAACGGUUACACAAUGCUCUUCGAUAUCGAAUCCUUCGACUACAGUUACUAUGACGAGGGUAGUGAAGGGCUCAAGCUGGCUCUUGUUCAUCAUCUGGAUAUGCCGAUCAUGAGACAAAAAGGGUUUCAUAUAGCUCCAGGGACAGAAAACCAGAUUGCCGUGACUCCAACACUGAUGUUGACCUCUCAUGAGGCCUUAAACAGGUUUAGUGCCGAGCAGCGGGAUUGUUACACGGAGAAGGAGAUUUCAUUAAGGUUUCUACCUCAUGAUCAUGGAUAUAGAUAUGAAAUGAGUAACUGCCUAUUCGAAGCUGCAUUCGAGAAUAUUCUGGAGAAAUGUAAAUGUGCACCAGGUUUUCAUACAAUUGGUGGAGAAGCCGCGAUGGAAGAGUACGAUAUCUGUAUGGGAGCAAACCUCACUUGUAUGAAUGAUCAUCUAAAUAGAAUGGGUGAGUUUGAUCAUGUUGAAUACCAGGGGAAACAAGUGAAAUGUAGAUCAAGCUGCGAAGAUCAGGUGAAUUCCUUGUUCGUGACCACCUCGAACUAUCCCAACAGGAAAACUCUAGUUUACAGAGAAGAAUUCUGUAUUGUUACUCUACGUCUUAUUGAUAAAUGUAACAGCUUCAAACGCAAGCCCCUGGAUCGACAAUAUCCGACCCUGUGUAUUCUACUGGAGGAUCUCAGAGAUCUAGAUAUUUGUGAGAAUAAUGAGUGGAAAACACCGAAGGAGUUAAACUGUACCGUACACCAUUGUCCACUAGUAGAGGCAGUACUUAACUACGCUAGGGAUAAUCUAGUCAUGUUCAAUAUAUUCAUCAAGGACCCGUACGCUAAGAGGUUUAUGAAGGAUGAAAAAAUAACUAAAACUGCAUAUAUUGCGAACUCUGGAGGUCUACUGGGACUCUGUAUGGGAUUCUCUCUAGUAUCUGCUGCUGAAAUCUUGUACCAUUGUCUUUUUGGUCUAAUAUCUCCUCUUUGUACAAGAAAAAAACAAGAUAGGUUAUCGUCUGUGCGACAUGAAUCUGAGGAUCAGAACGGGAGAACGUAUAGUCGGGAGAGGAUAAGACGAGGUCCAACCUAUCCUGAACCCUCCUACUAUAAACACGACCUGGAGAAAGGAAUUCCCAGAACAGAGACGAGUAUGAGCCAUGAGCGGGGAUAUAAUAGUUGUCUCCUGCACAACGGUUCUAUCCAUACAGACGUGGGACACAACAGCUCCCACAACUCAUCCAUGCCCCAGGGCUUUCAGAAACCUCAGUUCUCCGGGGGCAGAAACGGAACCUGGUCCGGAUGUCCGGCUCAUUCAUGUAAUUCUCAUCCGGCUUCAAGACAGCAGGAGGAGACAUUGUUUGAUUUCAGCAAAGAACGAGUUAUAUAACUUAGAUAAACUAAAUUAAAAGAACUCUGAUCGAAAGAGAAAUGUAUGUACAGUGUACAGUGAGUGUGGAGUUUACAGAGAGGGUACAGUGUACUGUGCAAUGUACAGUGAAUGUAUAGUUUACAGAGAGGGUACAGUGAAUGUACAAUGUAAA